AUGAGUAAUGCGAAUCCAAGCUCUGACUCCCCCUCUCCCUUCUCCACUUAUACAUCUUGUGUUCCUUCCUCGGCUCUCUCUUGCCGUCCCUGCUCCCCUUGUGAAAAUGGAGUCAUGUUGUACAUGUCAUCCAUCCACAAGGAAGAGCUGCCAAGGUUCAAACAGUGGUUAGUGAACGAGUUUCACCCCAGCUCUGCCCACACCACCUGGGACCAGCUGAGGGCAGCCAACUGGGCAGAAGUAGUUCACUUCUUGAUAGAGCAUUUCCCUGGACGACGAGCUUGGGACGUGACUUACAGUAUCUUCACCAAAAUGAACCAGAGAAAUCUGUGUUUUUUGGUACAAAAGGAGCUACAUGCCCUUCUACCUAACUUGAAGCCAGAGGACUCGAAUUCCAGAGAAACACAAAUGAAUUUGAAGGAAGAAGAAUCUGAUAAAAUGAGGAAGUACAAAUCAGAUGUGAUUAAAAAGUAUUUCAAUGUCUGGGACAAUACCACUUGGCCUGGGAACCACAGGGACUUCUUGUUCCAAAAUGUAUACAGACAUGAGAUGUACCUACCAUGUCUAUUUCUACCCAAAAGACCUCAUGGUAGGCAGCCCAAGACCGUGGUCAUACAGGGAGUUCCUGGGAUUGGAAAAACAACCCUGGCCAAAAGAGUGAUGUUAGAGUGGGCGAGAAAUAGGUUCUACCCACACAAGUUCCGGUUCGCUUUCUAUUUCCAUUGCCAAGAAGUGAACCAACCGGUGGAGCAGAGCUUCUCGGAGCUGAUUGCGCACAAGUGGCCAGGAUUGCAGGAUCUUGUGUCAGAGAUCAUGUCCAAACCAGACCAACUUCUGCUCCUCUUUGAUGGUUUUGAGGAACUCACAUCCACCCUGGUCGGAAGACUGGAUGAUCUGAGUGAAGACUACAACCGGAAGUUGCCUGGGUCUAUUCUACUGUGCAGCCUACUAAGCAAAAGAAUGCUGCCCGAGGCCACACUGCUGGUCAUGAUAAGAUUUACCUCUUGGCAGACGUGUAUGCCCUUGCUGAAAUACCCCUCCCUCGUCACCCUGACAGGGUUUAAUAAGAUGGAAAAAGUCAAGUACUUCAAGGUGUUUUUUGGGAACACAAGGGAAGGGGACGUUGCCUUGAGUUUUGCCAUGGAAAACACAAUUCUUUUCUCCAUGUGUCGAAUCCCUGUGGUCUGCUGGAUGGUUUGCUCUUGCCUGAAAGAGCAAAUGAAGAGAAGAAAAAGUCUGGCAGAGGCGUGUCCAAAUGCCACAGCUGUGUUCACCCAAUAUCUUUCUAGCUUGUUCUCAAGCACCGAGAACAUUUCCAACAAGAUCCACCAAGAGCAACUGGAAGGUCUGUGUCACCUGGCUGCAGAAGGCAUGUGGCGUAAAAAAUGGGUGUUUGUUAAGAAAGACCUUGGGAAAGCCAAGAUGGAUGAGGCUGGGCUCGCCAUUUUUGCCAGUAUGAAUAUUCUUCGAAGGCUUCAAGGGGAUGAAGACCGCUACGCCUUUGUGCUCUUGAUUUUCCAGGAGUUUUUUGCUGCCUUGUUUUACAUCCUCUGUUUCCCACAAAGACUCAAGAAUUUCCACGUGUUGGACCGUAUGAGUAUCCAGCACCUGGUGGCAAGUCCUGGAGGAAACAAGAACUAUCUUGCUCACAUGGGACUUUUCUUAUUUGGCCUUUUCAAUGAGGCGUGCAUGUUCAUUGUGGAGCAGUCAUUCAGAUGCAGGGUGUCCUUGGGCAACAAGAAGAAACUGUUGAAAGUGGUGCCCCUACUGUAUGAAUAUAACCCACCCUCUCCAUGCUGUGGGGUCCCACAGCUGUUUUACUAUCUGCAUGAGGCCCAGGGGGAUGCCUUUGUAAGUGAGGCCCUGCACGGUUAUCACCAAGCUACUCUGAGAAUUAACAAGAAUAGAGACAUGCAAGUGGCUGCUUAUUGCCUGAAGCACUGUCAGCAUUUGCAGCAGAUGGAACUGACGGUCACCCUGAACUUCACGAAGGUGGAGAAGCUUGACCCCGGUUUCCAUUUUGACUCUGAAGCACAAGAGAGUGAAAAGCUUUAUCACUGGUGGCAGGACUUAUGCUCUGUGUUCACAACAAAUGAGAACCUGGAAGUCCUGCUUGUGACCAACAGUAUUUUGGAGGACCGUUCAGUGAAAGUUCUUGCUGGUGCACUGAAGCAUCCUUGGUGUAAACUACAAAAGCUACUAAUCAAGCAUGUGAAUUGUGCCAUGCUGAACAAAGACUUAGUCCAUGUUUUGGUGGAGAGCCAGCAUCUGCGAUACUUGGAAAUACGACUCACCGAAGUGGAGCACACAACCGUGACACUUCUGAGCAGAGCCUUGCAGUCCCCCCAGUGCCAGCUGCAGUGUCUGAGGUUGGAAGACUGCUUGGCCACCAGUAGAAGCUGGAUUGCUCUUGUCUGUGGUCUGCAAGGUAACACACACCUGAAAACCCUAAUGCUGAGGAAAAUUUCCCUGGAGCCCUUUGGGGCAUAUUGCCCAUCCAUGGCCCAGCUGGAGAGACUAUCGAUGGAGAACUGCAACCUCACACAGCAUACUUGUGAACGUCUGGCUACCUUUCUCAGGGAUAGUACAAUGCUAACCCACCUGAGCUUGGCAGAAAAUGCGUUGACAGAUGAAGGGGCAAAGCAUAUCUGGAAUACCUUACGGGACUUGAGAUGUCCACUGCAGAGGAUGGUGCUGAGAGAAUGCAACUUGACCUCUAAUUGCUGUGAGGAUUUGGUCUCUGUGCUGCAAACAAAUAAAACCCUGAAAAGCCUCGACCUCAGUUUUAACAACCUGAAGGAUGAUGGGGUGAUCGUGCUGUGUGUGACCCUGAGGAACCAUGACUGUAGAUUAAAGAUCCUAGAGCUGGAAGCAUGCCUGCUCACCUCUGUCUGCUGCCAGGUCAUAGCUUCCAUGCUCUUCAGCAACCAAAGCCUGACCUACCUGGACCUGAGCAAGAAUGACUUCGGCAUCCACGGCAUACUGACCCUGUGUGAGGCCCUUGAAAACCAAGAGCAGAGAGAGGAUGUCAUUUUGGUGAAGAAAGAAAGUGGCGAAGUGGAUAUGAUGACGAGAUUGGAGGGCCCUGCUCUGGGGAGGGACUUCCUGAGGGUCAUACAGGACUGGGAUUCUUAG